AUGGCCUAUCUUGCAUUACUAGUCUUGGUAGUAACCCUACUGCUUAUCAUCUACGCAUACCGGUACACCAAUCACUCUCGAUCUCUUUCUACUCUCACCAGUCCCCCCAAGGAGGACGAGAUAGUCCCCGUCAGCGUCAACUAUGUUUUCACGCGCCACUGCAAUGCCGACUGCAAGUUUUGUUUCCACACCGAAACAUCGAGUUACAAGCUCCCUCUCUCGGAAGCUGAGAACGGCCUCCGCCUACUAGCCGAGGCUGGCAUGAAGAAAAUCAACUUUGCAGGCGGAGAGCCUUUCCUUUAUCCGAAGUACCUGGGUGCGUUAUGCCGAUAUUGCAAAGAUGAUCUGGGACUUGAAAGUGUCAGCAUUGUCAGCAAUGGGACCAAAGUCACUGAAAAGUGGCUUAAGGAAUAUGGGUCUGCGGUCGACAUCUUGGCUAUUUCUUGCGAUUCGACGAAUCCUGAAACUAAUAAGGCUAUUGGGCGUAAGGACCGUGGUUCUGGGGAGGCAUUUGACAAUGUGAAAAGCCUGUUUCAGAUUAAGGAGUGGUGUCAACAAUGCGGGAUCAGGUUUAAGCUCAACACUGUCGUCUGUUCGCUGAACUGGGAAGAGACUAUGGCAGACAUGGUGCAGAAGCUCGAUCCAUUCCGAUGGAAAGUCUUCCAAGUCCUUGUCGUAGUUGGCGAGAAUGAAAAUGAUGCACGAAAGAGAAAUGCAAGGGAUUUUCUUAUCACCGAUGCGCAGUACGAAGAUUUCUGUAGUCGACACAAACAUCUAAAGUGCAUGAUUCCGGAGCCAAACAAAUCCAUGAAGAGCAGCUAUCUACUUGUUGAUGAGUACAUGCGCUUCCUUGACAAAGGAGAUGGAGACGAGAAAGUAUCGGAUUCCAUCUUGGAAGUUGGGGUACAGAAGGCUAUCAAGCAGGUUCGGUGGGACCAGGAAGAAUUUCACAAUAGAGGAGGUGUCUAUAACUGGAACAGUGCAGCUGAGAAAACGAACAGUUGUGUGGGCGGUAGUGGGGAUAAGAAAUUAGAAUGGUGA